AUGAAGGAUACCAAGUCUGACGGAGUUGCAGAUGUGGUGCUGUCCUGCACCCUGGUGGAAGAGGGAGUCGGCCCUCCUGGAAGGGGUGCCGCCUUAACACGGACUCCAGCUACUCUCGUCUUAAGAGAUGUUGCAGUGGCUCAUGACGAAUCACUGGAAGCGCUCACUCCGUUUCUCCCGCCCUCAGUCCCUGACCCAGACCUCAUCCUGUUUGAGGCCCAAGUGUCAUCAGUCGAGAUCCCCGGUGCAGAUGUGCUGCUCCAUGCGGACUGCAACGAGCAGGAGGUGAUGUGUGAAAUAAGCCGUUAUGCUCCUCAAGGAUCCCAGGAAGGUUCAGAUCCAGUCUAUUUCAUGGUGUCCCUUAAUGUUGAGGUAGCUGAGUUCAGCACUGCGUUGAUUCUGCAGACCACUGUGGUGGACAAGGACCACACAACAGUGAUGCAAAACAAACUGGGUCUGCCUCUCAGCCAGUCGGGUUGUCUGCCUACUGAGGUGAUAUUCCUGGUGUUUUCCCACAUUACGUCUGUAGCUGCGCCUCUGAGAGGUGAUGUCCUCCUCAACUGUGGCUUCAAGCAGCAUGAAACCCUCUCAUCCCAGGUUGUGGGCAUUGAAUGGCGGCUGCAGCACAGAGGGAAGGGGCACAAAGUGUUGGAUAUGAAGACGAGGCUGGAUAAUGCAGAAGGGAAGGAGGAGGAAGUGCAUGCAGAAAGGAGAGGCUCCAGCAUGGACUCCGCGGUUGCUGGUGAAGGUAAUGUCUCUGUGACCCUGAACAAGCUGCAGGUUUCGGAUGAGGGGACCUACAUCUGUACCGUUAGUUUGGGCCUUUUCCACGCACAGCAAGUCAUUCAACUCCGUGUUAUUCAGCCGCCCCACGUUUCACUCUCCGAGGAGAAGUUGGUUUUGAAGACCAAGUCUCCUCAGACACUGAGCUGUCACUGCAAUAAAUACUUCCCACUGGAUGUUCAGAUCGAGUGGUUAUCCAUGUCACCUAUGGAUACAGAGCCUGCAGUCUUUCCAGAUCAGGGAUCACUGUCCAGCCACCGGCAGCAUGGCGACAAGACGUUUUCCCUGUCAUCUCACCUGGCUGUGCCCCCCACUGUCUCCCCAGGCACCAAAAUCAUCUGCAGGGUGUCUCACCCGGCCCUGGACGCUCCUCUCUCUGUGAGCGUGGUGGUAGAAAGUCCAAAACCAGAUUCCUACUGGUUUGUUCUGGGUUUCCUGAUCAUCACUGUACUUUUCUUCUACCAGCUGAUGAGAUAAAUCAGUUACGGAGAUUCUGAUUAAAUAAUCCUGACUUGAAAUUGAACUGCUUUCUCAAAAAAAAAAAAAAAUCCCCUUUAGGUUUAUUCAAUGAUUGUCACCUCCUGCUGACUGGAUAAAUACGAAUUUUGGGGACAUUUUUUUGAAGAUAAUAAUUUUUAUUUUAAUGUGUAUAUUUGUUGUUGAGAGUUGUUUGUGGUGAUUUACUAAUAUUUUAUAUCACUGAUGGUAUUCAUUGUGUGAACCUAAACUUUCUUUUUGUCCUUCCCAAAAAUUUGAAGUAGUAUUUAAGUAUUUGUUGCUCUCACUGGUUCUGUUUUUAAUGUGUACUUGUAUUUUUAUGGCUCUUGCUCUUCGUGUGAUGUUAAUAUUCUUUGUUUUUUUUUCAUUUUCUUUUCAUCAAUAAGGAUUUUGUGACCCAGAAUUUGAAAUAAUAUAUAUAUAUAUUGGACAUUGUCGCUGUUGGAGUUUGUUUCAAAACCUUAAUUUCCUCUAUACACAUUAAGUAAAUGCAGUGAUAAGAGAAUAAAUACUUUGAUAACGAGACAUUCUACUGUACCACCCCCAUUAAAAUUCUUAACAAUUAUAUUUAUUGUUAGUAUUUUUAGUAAGUGGAGAGGGGAACUUCA